AAUCACUGUUUCUUUGAGGUCGUCUCUGACUGCAGGACUGGCAGCGUCAAGAAACACGAAAUAGGAGGAUAAUUAAUUUGCUUUAAAAUCAAAGAGGACUUUAAGGAUCAAAGAUCUCCAGAGGACAUUUGCUCUGCAUCUACUGCACAUCUCCUUUAUCUCUGUUGUGGUCUACUCUGCAUCAGCAGCCAUGGUACUGGAGGACAACGAGAGCGACUCUGUCUUCGAGCCUCAGAUCACUGAGGAGCAUGUAGAGACUCAGUAUGGGAACCUCCACUGCAUCAUGACAGGAACUCUGAGGGCAAACCGCCCCGUCAUCCUGACAUUUCAUGAUGUUGGACUAAACCACAAGUCUUGUUUUGAGGCACUGUUCAACCAUGAGGACAUGCAGGAAAUCGUCAGACAUUUGCCAGUUUGUCACGUCGAAGCACCAGGACAACACGAGGGAGCCAAAACUUUGCCUUCUGCAUAUACCUACCCUUCCAUGGACCAGCUGUCUGAAGCACUGCCUGCUGUUCUCAAACACUUUGGGUUGCACAGUGUGAUUGGACUGGGAGUUGGAGCUGGAGCCUACAUCCUGGCCAAAUUUGCUCUGAAUCACCCUGAUCAGGUGGAUGGAUUGGUCUUGGUCAACAUCAAUCCCAGCGCUGAAGGACUGAUGAAUUCUGUUGCAAGCAAGAUCACUGAAUGGACCCACACUCUCCCUGACACAAUCAUCACACACUUGUUUGGAAAGGAUGAGAUCCAGACCAACCUCGACCUCAUUGCUACAUACCGUCACUACAUCACAACAACGAUGAACCAGUCCAACGUGAGUCAGUUCCUCCGCUCCUACAAAAACCGCACUGCUCUGGAGGUGGAGAGGCCCAUUCCUGGAGGAAACAUCAGUGUCAGGACCCUCAAGUGUGCCAGCCUGCUGGUCGUAGGAGAUAAUUCUCCUGCUGUGGAGGCUGUGGUCGACUGCAACUCCAAACUCAAUCCCACCAAGACCACACUGCUCAAGAUGGCAGACUGUGGUGGACUUCCUCAGGUGGAUCAGCCAGCUAAAGUGAUUGAAGCCUUGAAGUAUUUCAUCCAGGGCAUGGGAUACUUGUCCAGUGCCAGCAUGACCAGACUCCGUUCACGGACGAGCUCCAACUCCAGCGUCUCGUCCUACGAGGGCUCCCGGAGCCGCGCGCACACCAACGACCUGCAGCGUGGCCGGGUACACUCGCGCGGCACCGAGGAGAAGCGCGGGCGCUCACACACUGACGUCUCCAUGGAGAGUAUUUCCAGCAGUAACGUGGACCACAUCAUCACAAAGUCAACUGAAGUGGCAUGUUAGAGCGCACUCUGCCCUGAAUCCCUUGCACUUAAAUCAAACCAUACCUCAUUAUCUCCACUUUGACAGCCUCCCUCUGUCAUGCCCUUUCAUCUGCACUAUCUCCAGCUGAAACGUCACAGGUCCUACCUCCAUGUGACUUUGCUCUACCCCCUCUGUAUCCUCUUUCCUUCUCUAUCCCUUCAUCUAUUUAAGCAUCCUUCCCUGAGUUUGUCUUCUGGCAUUACUCUUAGUCUAUCCAUCCAAUUUUCUUCAUCUCUAUCAGCCUCCUCCUCUUCUCUGAACUCUUACUGUAUGUCUCUACCUCUGCAUCCUUCUUUACUUUGUUUUAUAUCCCUGCCCCUAUUCAUGUUCUUGUUUCUUUCUUUUCCUCUUCUCACUCUAGUAGCUGAGAUUCUUCCUUAUGCUCCAAUAUUUAUCAUGACACACACUACAUGAGGAAAACACGAAGCUGAAAUGUACUGAAUGAAAAUGUUCAUAGAUGUGUAUCCAUAUAAUGAAGAUGUAAAGACAGAGUAUGUUAUAGUGUGAAAACGGGAUGUUCAUAACUGUAGGAAUGUGUAUUGAUUAUAUGCAACUGUGACAGCUGUGUGUUCUUGGCCGCAGGAUUGUGUUAUGGACAAAAGUUUUAGAUCACAUGAUGUUUUAAAUAUGUUUAGGAAUGCUGUGUAAAAUAACAUCAAGACAUUCAGUUCAAUCACUAAAAACAGAUGACCUCCUGUAAGUAUCUCUUGUGUUAUCAGUGAUUAUACAUGAUACUGUAAAUAAUUAUCUAGCUGGCUUUGAUUAAUAAAACUACAGAUGAAAACAGAAA